AUGGGAGAGCAAAGAGAGGGUAUGAGAGACGGAAUAGGAAACAUCGAGCAAGAGAAGUUGUCUGAAAAGUUGAAACCAUAUAUCUAUUGCAUAUUCGCUAAUGUUUGCCUUGCAGGAUUCAACAUAAUAUCCAAGAUCUAUCUAAACAAAGGCAUGAGUCUUUAUGUGCUUGUUACAUAUGGACAAGCUAUUGGAGCUUUAACUACUGCUCCUCUUGCAUUUCUCUUUGAAAGGAAAAAUGACUGCAAAAUUAGCUUACCAAUCGUGCGAAAUCUCUUCUUCUUGGGUCUACUAGGAGGUGUGUUAGGGAGGGCACUUUAUUAUGCCGGACUAGAAAUAACUUCACCAGCUUUUGCAUCUGCCUUGUGCAACCUAAUUCCAUCAAUGACCUUUAUCUUAGCAGUUUUGUUCAGGAUGGAGAAGAUAGAGAUUUCCAAGCGUAGUUCUCAAGUCAAGAUAUUGGGAACUGUUGUUGCAUUUUCUGGUGCAGCACUCAUGACCCUAUACAAGGGAAUCACUGUGAUUUCUUUACAUAUUCAUCACUCGCAUCAAUCUGUGACCCCAUCAAAAGUAUUCUUAGACAAGGAUUCAAUAAAGGGCUCCCUCAUGCUUGUUACUUCUUACGUUUCAUUGUCAGCAUUCUACAUCUUACAGACAGCUACAAUUAAGAUGUAUCCAGCACCAAUAGCACUUACAUCAUUAACGUGCUUAUCAGGUGCUAUACUCUCGACUAUCAUGACAGCAAUUUUGGAUCAUAAAACUUCGUCAUGGAAAUUGUCAUGGAACAUCAGCCUUUUUGCUCCAAUCUAUAGUGGAGUUGUGAUUUUUGGAAUUACAGUAUAUGUUCAAACAUUGGCAAUUAGGCUAAAAGGACCAGUUUUCAUGACAGCAUUUAGACCAUUGAGCACAUUAAUAGUAGCCAUUAUGGGACUACUCAUUUUAGGAGAUGCUUUAUACAUUGGAAGUGUUAUCGGAGCUAUGUUGAUAAUUAUUGGUCUGUACGCCACGCUUUGGGGGAAGGAAAAAGAGAAGGUGGAGAAACUGUUAGAGCAAACCACGUCCGAGCAAGCUAUUGAAAUCAAACAAGAGAAGUAAUACAGGUAGAUAAAUUUGUAUUGAA